AUGCCAACCUCGGCAAUUCCCCUCGGAAAAGAAGCCGACAUUCCGGACGCUCAAUAUCCACAAGAGGCCAGCAACCAAGAGAUGGCAGUGCGGAUUGUGAAGAUCGAGCUGAGACUAGCACCGGUCAACAUGGCCGAAGAGACCUACCAGGGCUGUACGGCCUCCGAAUCUGCGGGCAUCGCGCAGUGCGAAUCUCCGGGUGAAAGUUUCUUCUUCGAUCAGGAGAAGGCACAGAGGUGUCCGGAGCGUGGCACUUGGGACCAUUCCGGCUGGAGCUGCGAUGAUUGGAAGUGUCACACGUACUGCACCAAUCCAUCGCGUCCUGCUGAGCGAAAGUCCUGUGACAACUGCCCAGAAGUCGAGGUCACUACGGCCUGCUUCGACGCGCAGAAGACGGCCUGUGAAGCGGCCAAGAGCACCUUGUCAGGCUGCGAUGUGGAUUGCAAUGCCGCCAAGAGGGGCCUGAUGUCAGCUGCUGUGACGGCCCUUGUUUUGCUGAGAGUUUUUAAUCGGAGUUAG